AUGCUGCCCCCUACCCACGUCUACUCCCUCAUCAUCCACAACAAAACCUCAAAGGAGAUGACCGUGAUGGUGACGUACUCAAACAUGAUCGACAACACACUGGCGCAGCACAGCGUUGUGGUCGCCGCUGGUGAGAAGGGUGUCGCGGAGCAACGCACCUUUGCAUGGAACGGGGCGACGUUUGCGGUUGUUAUCACCGCGGUGAGCGUCAAGGACGCACAGGCGGCGCUUACGGCUCCGUUUCCAGGGGUGGACAGUCCCACAAGUGACUACCGCAUCACCAUUGUGGAGGAGAGCGGCACGGUUCAUCUGAAAGCAGGGCAGCCGUGA